UGCGUUUUAAAGAAAUACAGCGCAGUAGCUUGAGAAAUAUUGUGAGCAUUGGACGCAUUUAACGAUUGUGUAUUUCGCAACAAAAGGAUUAUAAUAUUUAAUUUUUUGCUGGUAACACCUUACUGUUUUUGAAAAUGAAAUUCCAAUAUAAAGAGGAGCACCCAUUCGAGAAGCGUAAGGCGGAGGGCGAUAAAAUCAGACGAAAAUAUCCGGAUCGAGUUCCUGUUAUCGUUGAAAAAGCUCCAAAAGCAAGAAUCGGUGACCUCGACAAGAAAAAAUAUCUAGUUCCGUCGGACUUGACCGUAGGCCAGUUUUAUUUCUUAAUUCGCAAACGUAUUCAUCUUAGACCCGAAGAUGCUCUGUUUUUCUUUGUGAACAACGUCAUUCCACCGACAUCCGCCACCAUGGGUUCCUUAUAUCAGGAACAUCAUGAAGAGGACUAUUUCUUGUAUAUCGCUUAUUCCGAUGAAAAUGUUUAUGGAAAUAACUAAACAAGUGGUGUGGUACCCAAGUCAUAGCGAUUUUUUUUAUUCCCAGUGGCAACCUAGUGGUGAACUCAGUUGCAACCUAUCUGCUGUCAAUUUUUUUUAUUCCACCAGUGCCCCAUGUCAGGGUGCUAUUGAGUGUGUGAGUAGAUGAACAUGACACCAAGUCAGGCAGUCUUGAUUUUUUUUAAUAUGAGUGAUAGGUCGUCACUGAGCCAGUGGAAUAAAAAAAACUGCUAUAAAUGACUGCUCUGGAAAUGUA